GCCUCAAUUGGCAUUAUUGCUACAACCUUUUCAAAUAUCGGCGCCAAUCGUCAGCUUUUGUUUUCGGUGAGGUACUCUCGUCACAAAGCUUUGUUCCUGGCUUUUCUCACAGCCGUCGAAUUUACGAAAUAACACGUUAAACAGCGUUUUUGAAGAUGGUUAACGUGUCGAGCCCACUAAAUGAGGAUCUGAAAGGAUAUGAUCUUUUUCCUGAGCGAAAAGGCAAAGUUGAAAAGGAGUCAUUGGCUAAACGAAUUAUUGUCGGAGAUGGAGGUCGUGACACACUGACGCGUUUAAAAUGCGAAAAUGAUGUGGCGACUUGUAUUCGAAACGCACCGAUUGUCAAAUUGAUGCUAGCUGCGCUUAAAUCGUCAGGUUGUGAGGUAGAUCCUAAAAGACAUAUUAGCUGCGAGCCAUGCAACUCUGCUGUCACCGGCGGUUACGAUGCAGAAGCGAAUCAGGUAGUAAUCUGUCAGAAUAACGUUAGUGGAAGCGGGUUGGUUCAAGGUGUUCUUGCGCAUGAACUACUUCACAUGUUCGACAAAUGCAGGACAAAAAUGGACUACAACAACAACGAGCACGUUGCUUGCACUGAGAUCCGAGCGGCGAAUUUAUUGCAUUGUUCGUUCUUGAGCGCCUUUGUGCAGGGAGUUGCAAGCCCGUUCAGCUUUAGUAAAAGCCAUGAAAAUUGCGUUCGGUACAAGGCUAUCCAAUCUCUUGUCGCAGCAAAAAAACUUUCUGUAUUCGAAGCUGCAUACAAUGUAGACAAAGUGUUCAAUGUUUGUUACAAUGACCUUGAGCCAGUAGGCCGCAGAUUAAGAAGGAACUCGCAAGAUAUGGAAAAGGCUUACAGGGAUCGAUAUCACAAUGGAUACGGCUUCUAAUACAGUUUAUUAUCAGUACUUCAAGUAAUAAGUUUCCUUUAUACGGACUUUUUUAGGAAUAUAUGCUUUCUUUAAACAUUGAUGUAAUACAUUUUGUUGUGUUCACCAUAGUAUUGAUAUAAAAUAAAUAAGCUCUUUUUAUCCUCGUG